AUGGCCACUGCUUCCUCCUCCUCCUCCUCCUCCUCCUCCUCCUCCUCGUCGUCGUCGCCGUUGCUGCCCGCGUCCGAGGCGUUGGCGCACCUCAAAACCUACGCGCAGCCCGAUGGCCUCUCGCUGCGUUCCUUGAUGGACUCGCAAGAGCAUGGAGGCCUGACCUACAACGACUUCCUCGUCCUGCCCGGCCACAUUGACUUCCCUUCCAAUGCGGUCAGCCUCGAGAGUCGUAUCACGAGGAAGACGGUGCUCAAGACGCCCUUCCUCUCGUCGCCCAUGGACACCGUCACCGAGACCGAGAUGGCCAUCGCCAUGGCUGUGAGUUUCCAUCGAAAUACACUCGACUUGGCUCCUCGACAAGAUCAUGGUGACUGACCUUGCCAUCUACUCCUACACCGCGCUAUUGGCUCUCCCUACGACGCGACUUUUUCCACGGCACCCUCGUCCCGACUCCUCGCGACUCUUGACUCUCCGCUUACCGUCAUGCCCAGUUGCUCGGCGGAGUGGGUGUCAUCCACCACAACCUUCCUCCUCAGAUGCAGGCCGAGAUGGUUCGCGCCGUCAAGAAGUGUGUCAAAGUCCCCCACCCUUUCGGCGCGUCUGACCGAAAAGCUUUCAUGAAUUCGAGAACUGACAUCUCGCGUUCGUAUGUAUCCAGGUUCGAGAACGGCUUCAUCACCGACCCCGUCGCGCUCUCGCCCAACAACACCGUCGCUGACGUCUGGGACAUCAAGGACCGAUUCGGAUUCUGCGGCAUCCCCAUCACCGGUGAGUGCAUAUCCCAUCGAGACCGUCCUGGGUCCUAUCGCCCUUCCUUCCCGGCGCCACGUCAGGUCGAGCAACCGGCCGAAAAAUGAUGUACAACCAAUUCAUUUCCUUCGUUCUACCGAAAUCGAGUUUGAUCGCUCAUUCAAAAACCAUGUGGAAACAUUGAAUACGCCUUGAUCGGCUCUACUGAUUCUUCACCAUCGAUGCUCAUCGACAACACAAAAUACGCCUACCGCGCUCCGCUUCCUUAUUGUUGACGGAGCACGCACUGACACAACAAAGGCAACGCGUCUGCAUCUCUCGUUUGCAGAGACUGGAAAGCUCAACAGCAAGCUUGUCGGCAUCGUCACUGCUCGCGACAUCCAGUUCCGACCCAACUCGGCAAAGCUGUCGACGGUCAUGACCACUGGUGAUGAGCUCGUCGUCGCCAAGUCCGGCGUCACCCUCGAGCAGGCCAACACCAUCUUGCGCGACUCCAAGAAGGGCAAGUUGCCCAUCGUCGACACCGAAGGCCGACUCGUCGCUCUGCUCGCGCGAUCUGACCUGCUCAAAAACAAGGACUACCCUUUGGCGUCCAAGAAGCCCGAGUCCAAGCAGCUCAUCUGCGCCGCCGCCAUCGGCACCCGUGGCCCCGACCGCGAGCGCCUGCGCUUGCUUGUCGAGGCCGGAUUGGACGUUGUCGUGCUCGACUCGUCGCAGGGCAACUCGUCGUACCAAAUUGAGAUGAUCCGAUGGAUCAAGGGCGAGUUUCCCGACCUCGAGGUCGUGGCCGGCAACGUAGUCACACGUGAGCAGGCUGCGGCCCUCAUCGACGCCGGUGCCGAUGGUUUGCGAGUUGGCAUGGGCUCCGGAUCCAUCUGCAUCACCCAAGAAGUGACGGCCGUCGGUCGACCCCAAGGAACGGCUGUUUUCGCCGUCGCCGAGUUCGCGCGCAAGUUUGGCGUCCCUGUCAUCGCCGAUGGAGGUAUCAGCAACGUAGGCCACAUCGCCAAGGCGCUCGCACUCGGCGCCUCGGCCGUCAUGAUGGGCGGUCUUUUGGCCGGUACGACCGAGUCACCCGGAGAGUUCUUCUAUAAUGAGGGCAAGCGGUUGAAGAAGUACCGCGGUAUGGGCUCGAUCGACGCCAUGGACGCCGGAACGGUCAAGGACAAGCGAGCCCAGGCGACCGCCGACAUCGACAACGCCGCGACGUCGCGUUACUUCUCCGAAGGGGACGCCGUUCGCGUCGCGCAAGGAGUCGCCGGUGCCGUGCAAGACAAGGGCUCGCUGCGCAAGUUCAUCCCUUACCUGCACGCCGGAUUGCAGCACUCGUUGCAAGACAUGGGUACGCGAUCGAUCGCCGAGAUGCAAGAUCGUGCUUAUUCGGGCGAGUUGAGGUUCGAGCUGCGCACUGCGAGUGCCCAGGUCGAGGGUGGGGUUCACGGUCUGCACUCGUUCGAGAAGCGCCUCUUCUCAUAG